AUGUUCUGCGCCCGGCGCUUGUGGCACUCGACCGUCUCGACCGCCACGCUGCGGCCGAAAGCGCCCAAGUACCUGCAGAUUGCGUUACACAAGGACUUGUCGGCGGCAGUGCAAGAGCAGCAGCCCCGCGCUGUCCUUGCCAUCUUCAGCCGCUUUGUGAAGCACGUAGAGCAGGCGGAUGUGGCAGAUGUGGAUGCCACGUUGAACGCGCUGGUGAAGAGCAUAAGGCCGAGCUCUUCUCCUGGAGUUCAAGAAGACGGACAAACAGGUUCUGCAGAGCUGGAAGAGAAUGAACUCCAGCCUUUGCUGUCUUCUGUGGAAGAUACAUUAAACAACUGCGACAGCGCUGAGGGUGAUGCUGAGCGAGUGAUCAACAACCUGGCUUGGGCCCUUGCCUCGCUUCACGGCGAAAGUCGCCAGGAGCUAAAAGCACGUGUGCGUUCGCUCUUCCAGAAAGUGCAGGAGAUUUCGCAUAGGAUGCUGGAGACUCACACGGCGAAUCACUUGAGCCGACUGGGCUGGGCAGUGGCGCGGAUGAAUCUUGGGGGUCCUGGUGAGGCUCAGCUCUUGCAAGAUCUGGGCGAUGCGGCUUUGAAACACAAAGCCCAGUGGAGCGCUCAGGAUGUGUCGCUCUUCACCUGGAGCUUCGCCACGCUGCAAACGUGGCAUCCGGUGCUUCAUGAGGUUCGUGUCGCAGCUCUCAGACAGGGACGCUCCAACUUGCAGAACUUCGGUGAGCAGGAUCUCUCCAAUUUCACCUGGGGUCUAGCCAAGUUGCAGAUCAGGGACCAAGAAUUGAUGAAGAUGGUUGGCAAAGAGGUCGAAGCAAAGCUCUUCGAGUUCAGCCAUAUGGGAUUGGUGUGCACCAUCUGGGGCUUUGCCAGCCUUCGUCUGGCAACUCCUUUUCUUUCUCGGGCACUUGAUCACAUCAGAGCUAGCAACGUGAGGAUGACACCGAAGGACAGCACGAUGCUGUUGUGGUCCAUGGCCACCUUGCGACAUGACACGCAACGUGAGCUCCUCUACCAUCAUGUAGCUGAUCAUGUGAUCGUGCCCGGAGCAUCGCAAUUUCAAGCCCAGGACGUCUCGAUUUGCCUCUGGGCCUUUUGUACAGCCCGCGUGGACCAUCCACGGGUCUUCCGCGCGCUGGUGGCGCAGAUUGCGGAGAGGGAGAUGACAACGAGCUUCACAUCGCAGGCCCUUGCCAAUGCGACCUGGGCAUGUGCCAAAAUGAGGGCCGAGGCGACUCAGAUGGUGAAGCUGGCCACCCAGGAGGCACUUCGGCGUCCGAUGCGGGAUUGGUCUCCACAGGCCAUAGUGACGCUGAUUUGGUCCUCUUCUGAAGCGCAGAUGCCCGCAGUCGAACUGUUGAUUGCGAUGCUGCCAGAACUGCAACGCCGUCCGCAGGCCUUCAACGACCGAGAUUUGGCCUCCUUGGUCUAUGCGCUGAAGGAGGCUUUGUGGCCAUUGGAGCACGCAGAGUCGAGGCGUACAGUGUUGAAGUGCGUGAGCCAGGAAAUUUCGAGGCGCCAUUUGCCGGCCACGGUGAAGAUGUUCAAAUUCCUGCGAUCGCCUCCGGCGGCGGCGACCAAAAGUCGCGCGCAAGCGCAGCCCAGAAUGACUUAA